UUCUGAAGAAUCCGCAGGAAACAGGUGGCGCCUUUAGUUCAUGAAAAGAUGGAAGUAGUUCUCUAUAAUUCUAAUGUUUGCCGAUUAUGUGGAGAAGAAAAUGAUAAUGGGACGCUAUUAUAUUCCAAUGAAGAAAAUAACCAAAACUUAUUUGAAGUCAUUAAUACUUAUUUGCCAAUCAAGGUAUCUGAUGAUGGGCAACUACCUCGUACCAUUUGUCCAGGAUGCACCAUACAGCUAGAGGCCACUGUAGAGUUCCUAAAUCUUAUUAUAAAUGGACAAAAAGUUAUUAGAGAGCUCCACAAUAGAGAGAAAGAAUACAAAAAAAGUUUACUACUUCCUCCAAGUGAACAGGACAUUAUUACAGAUAAGAUUAUUUAUGAAGUAAAUACUAGUGAUGGUGUAUACCACGUAGAACACCCAAUCGCCUUACAAGUUGCUGGACUUGAUAAACCUAAGAGAAAGAGAGGUAGACCUCCGAAAAAGCCAAAAACACCUGAAGAAUUAGCAAAGGAAGCUGCAGCAAAAGAACAUGAAGCUAAAAAUGCAAAGAGAACUGAGAAAGAAGAUGAACCGUUUGGUAAGAGACGAAGGAAAACUCCAACGAGGUUCAAGGAGGCUGUACAGGGUAAAGAACUGGAGAGGAUUUUCAAAGAGGAAGGGGUCACUGAUGGGGAAGAAAGUGAGGCUGAGAACCUGAAGGCUCAGCUAAUAGACAAGAAGCCACCAGUACCGAGAGAACCAGAGGUCAUUGGCCAUUUGGAGGAAUCUGGAGAGCUAGUUGUAGUGGUCAAAGGCAAGGGACGUGGAAGACCUAAAGGUCCAAUGAUCCCAACACGUAAAGAAUGUGCUAUUUGUGGUAUGGAGUUCACAUGUACGGGUCGGUACAUGUCUCACAUAGCUCAACACGGUCCAGUCCUGUACCAAUGUGAGCAGUGCUCUGAAACAUUCACUACAAGGCUGCAUUUCAACAUCCAUCAGAAUGAAGCCGGCCACACCGGACAUAAUAUUAUACCCUGUAAGAAAAAUACGGAGAGAAGUAGGAAUAAGAAAAAUGCAAAGGCUCAAUUAGAAACUGCGUCAGUACAAGAAGUGGAUCCCCUUUCAAUUCCUAAUACACCGCCAGUACAAACAAUAGACAAUGUGAUAUUACCCGUAACAAAUUCCCUGCCAGAUCUAAACCCGCAGCUCAUUGUAGCGGACAAUGAAGUUAGUGCCAGUGACUCGCAGAGGACUGAUAGCCCUAACAUCGAAAUAGUCUCUAGUCCUAUUGCUAAUAGUGAUGUUAAAGUAGUUGAUUCGGGUACAGAUGCGAUUGUGACAGAGAAGUCUGAUGAAGUAGACCAAGUAGUAACCACUCCUUCCGGUAAACCAAGACUGAAGUGUCCACACUGUGACAAAACAUUUAGUAGUAAACAAAGCAAGUCUUUACAUAUUAAGGCGACGCACCAAGGCGAGCGUCCGUACGUGUGCGGAGAGUGCGGCGCGCGGUUUGCGUACCCGCGGUCGCUGGCGCUGCACGCCGUCAGCCAUCGCCGGCACCGCUCCACGCCCGCCAAGGGAUACGCCUGCGAUCUUUGCGGGAAGGUGCUGAACCACCCCUCGUCCGUAGUGUACCACAAGGAAGCCGAGCACGCGGGGCAGCGCUACGUGUGUAACAAGUGCGGGAAGUGCUUCAAGCACAAACAACUGCUGCAGCGACACCAACUUGUACACUCGCAGGACCGACCCUACCAGUGCAAGUUAUGCAACUCUACAUUCAAGACGAAGGCGAACUUCCUGAACCACUCGCUUCUACACAGUGGUGUCAAGAAGUUCUCCUGUGAUAUAUGCAAACACAAGUUCGCACAUAAGGCUAGCCUCACGCUCCAUAUGAGGUGGCAUACUGGUCAGAAACCGUACGCGUGUAACAUUUGCGGCAAGAGUUUCAGCCAGAAGGGCAACCUGUCGGAACACGAACGUAUCCACACCGGCGAGAAACCGUUCCAGUGCACGCAGUGCCCGCGCAAGUUCACCACGUCCAGCCAGUACCGCCUGCAUGUACGGAGGCAUAACUCGGAGAAACCGUUCAUUUGUACACAUUGUGGGAAGAGGUUCGUGUCCCGCGGGUCGUGGGCGGCGCACGUCCGUCGCGAGGCGGGCGGCGCGGGUGCGGGCGCGCGCGUGCACCGCUGCGGGGAGUGCGGGCGCGGCUUCGCGGAGCGCUGGGCGCUGCACAAGCACGCGCGCCACCACUCCGGGGAGCGCCCGCACCGCUGCCCGCACUGCCCGAGGGCCUUCGCUGACUGCUCCAACCUCAACAAGCAUAAGAAGCAAGUCCACAAACAGAUCAGUCUACUUGCAACCGCGAACCAACAUCAGCUUCCUUCGCCUGUGACUCUGAAAGUGGAGUUACCCGAUUCUCCACAAGUACAACUGGAGACGGAACGCACAGUGUCACUGCCUGGCGCUUCCCCCGUCAAGAUGUUGGAGGAAACCGCGGAGGACGAGUUGGAGGAACGAGUUAUUUAUGUCACGUAUGACGUCGAUGGCGCUAACUCACCCGCGUUCCAUAUACUCGAUCCAGAACAAGCAGCAUCUCUAGAAGACAGUAAGGUGCUAACGACAUGCGAGCUAUACUCCGGGCCGUCGCUCCUGGUCCCGCAGCCUGAAUACGAGCAACUCGAGCUCGAGCACGAGCAACUAGAGCUGGAGCCCGAGCAGGAGGAACUCGAGCAAUUGCCUGAAGAACUUGUACUGGAUGGACAUGAACAUAAUAUACCUGUAACAGAUGAGCAGGGCAAUCCACUCCACUUCACCAUGCAGGAUGGCACGCGUCUAGCAAUAACGUCUGCCGAUGGGAAGUCGUUGCAGGUGAUAACUCAAGAUGGUCAAACUAUACCGGUUGAAAUCAACGGUUACGCUGAUGAAGAAGAGGUGGAUAAUCCCGAUACCAUAGUUCAUCAGCUGAACUUGCAGAAAAGCAUUGAUUCCAACGUGUCGUCGCCGGUCACACAUUACUUUACAAUUGUUUAAUUACUGCUCAGUUUACGUAUAACGUAAGUAUACGUUGCUAACGGAAACAGAGUCGAUAUACGGUAAUUCUGUGCUUAUCAAACUCAUAAAAUACAAUACGUAAAGAAACUAUUAUUUCGUAAACAGCAACUAAGGACUAAUAUUGUCCAGUUUGCGUUUUUCUUGAAUAUAUUCAAAUAUGUUUUGGACAAUAUUAAGCUGUAGCAUUCUCGUUGCAGUUGCAAUAGUUACCAUAUUUUAUAAAUUGCCAUUUUGCCACAGUUUAGUGUCACUAUUUCAGGGUAUAACAAUGAUGUAAUGACUUUUAGAUGUAUUGAGCUCAGCUCGAAUUAACCUAUUACAAUGUAUGUAUGGACGGUAAAUAACAAGACAUUUCUAAGAUAUUACUAGGCAUAAUUUGAUAAUCAAACGUCACAUUACCUACUAUCUGAAUUGACUUCAAACAUUGUAUGUGUCUGAUUGUUCUUAUUUCUCCAUCGAAUUAAUUGUAAUGCAGAUUUUAACGGGUUGCUGAUUAUUAUUAUUGAUUGUAUAGUUUUAUUAUGAGUUGAUUAACUUUUGCAUUUUGAUGCUUUAUUAAUUCCAAAUAAUUUUUAAUUUUUACAUAUGACCACAAAUCCAACAUGUGGUCACGCCAUUAAUGUUGAUUGGUAAAAUAACCAUAAAUGUUGCAAGGAGCAAUGUUUUUAACAACAACAGCCAAUUGCUAUACUUCUUAUGUUAUGGUGAAAUGGUAUUUAAGUGACAAUUAACUGAGAGAAUAGAAAAGUUAAUGUAUGGGCUCUGUAAUGACAUGUCAAUGUCGUAUCUCAUAAAUCGAGUUUUCUAUCCUCCCAGUACUUUUUUUUGAGGGGUAAUAUCAUCCAAUCACUACUCCCGCCUAGGGUUAGGCGAGGUCAGACUCUUACUGACUAAAAACAACCUGUUCCUAUUCCUACUUUUCGAGCCGGAGCCCCGGUAACCCGCUGGGUGGUCCACAGAUCCGGGUCUCGGAAGACCAUCGUUAAAUGUCCAUUUGGCUCACCGUACUGUAUAAACAUGGUAUAAACUAACAAAAUAUGUACUAGUCAAACAUUAAACUAAUGACAGGUACCAUUUUUACGUAUAGUAUAAAACGUAUUCCUUGUCAAUCUGUUCUUGACUAUACAUUUCUAUAAUUUUAAGGUACCUAUUAAAUUUCAAUCCGAAAUAAAUGGAGAUUAUUAUUUGACUAUGAUUAAGUGGGGAAUAUUCAUUGAUUAUACGUGUUUCUAUCAAAUGAGUGAUUGUGGAAAUUAUGACUUAUUUUUAUUGCCAACAAGGGCAUCUCUGUCAUUCUAUAGGCAACUUUACUCAUUGGUCUGAUACCAAAAACGUAUAUGAUUUAUAUUAAGAAAUUAUUAAGUAUUAGAAGUAAAAUUAAAAAGGAAAUUACAAAUUAUGACAGGUAAAGUUGCUUAUAGAAUACUUUAAUAAAUAAAUACCUAUAAGAUUAGGUAGCAACUAUAAUUUCGUGUAAUAUUUCGGUCAGUAUUGGUAAUCUUGGGCAGUAGUUUAUUGUAUAUUAUAAUAGUGGCCAGUCUUGUGUCCGCUAGAGAUAAAUAUUUCUUAGAAACUUCAUACGAAAUGCGCCAAAAUUCUUUAUAUCUAUCUACAGAUAUCUUUUUGAAACUGACCAUUAUGAGUUCGUUUCUCUACCAAGAUUACCAGCAUUGUAUCGAAUUUUAACUAAUCUCUUUUAAUUAUAUAAUUUCAAUUUCGUCGCAAAUUUAAUUGAUUGAUCUCUAAGUAUCAAAAUAAUAUAUAAUUAUUGAUUAAUUUUAUUUAAUUUGUACGUCUAUUUACGUAAUUAUAAUUUUAGGGAAUCAUUUUAAUGGAAACAUACCAAUUUUAAGUUUAGAAAAUGCCGUCGUUAUCUAGUAUAAGACUAGUACAAUAAUGAGUCAGUCACAAAUGUUUGGCCAAUAGAUGUAGACAGUAUUAAAAUUCAUUCUAAUUUAAUUGUUAUGUAAAUAUGAAUAAAGUUAAUUUUUUAUUACUCAA